AAUACAAUGAUAAUAUAGUUAAAUAGCUAGAUAAAUUGAUUUGUAGCAUAUAUCAUCACGUAUAGAUCAUACGGCUAAUAUUCUAUUGUAAGCUUCUAUACAUGUCAAUCUAAGAGCAUCUUCAAUGCUAAAAUGUUAACGGUGCAUAUGUGGCAUGUGAAAUAACCAAUCAAAAAACAAUAAAAAAAUAUCUAUCUUCUUAUUUAAAGGAUAUUACAUCAUUUUGGUAAGUUUUUCUUCACAAUGUCAAGCACAAUGUCUAGAUGUAGACAUUGUGGUUAACAUUGCAGAGAAAAACUUACCCAAAACACAUAAGACCGUGGAAAGAAAGAGGGAUAAAUGUUAUAAAAUCAAUAUUUUGUGUCUCUCUCAUGCUACAUGUGCACCGUGCACAUUAUAGCAUUGGAGAUUCUCUAAAUAGACAGUUCUAUCCACAUUUCGGUGAGUUGUGCUAUGUGUAUACAUUUUGAUUUACACUUUUCAUACACUCGUUUGUUUCACGCACACAAAAUUAUAUAUAUGCAACGACAAUUAUGUUGAUGGACGAUUCUGGUGACAACUGUACUAAAUUUCAUCCUUGAAGUUGCGGUGUAGAGGGGCUGAAAUUUCGAAAGCCCUAAGACAAAAUGUGUACGCCAAACUUUUUCUUCACACAAAUCAUAGUAGAAAAAUUUAUUUAAAACAUCCUUACACCAAGGCCAUAUCAAUUUCAUCCCGUCUUGGUGGUCAAGUAUUUGCUAUCCGGCGCUGGGCGAAAAGUGUGAGGAGUGGCAAAGGCUGCGGCAAAACGGGCGAGUUGGCGUCUGAGCGUCUGGGUGAGUAUGCCACCCCUCGCGCAGCGUCGCAGAGCGGAAGCUCCGGAAGCCGGAGGACCGGACUGACUUGACGUUGCGGUGUAGAGGGGCUGAAAUUUCGAAAGUGAAGCCCGACGGCUAAACCAGUGCAGCGUAACCGGACACACGGAGGGCUUUCCUUUUUUUUCUUUCUAAACGACAGGGUUUUGAUCAGAGAAUUAAUUGCUUGAACAUAGGUGGGUCGCCCCUGUUCACUAGUUAUGACCGGCAGUGCCAUGUGCCCUGCAAUAGUUCCCAUUCAUGACAGCUUCUCGGGUCAUUCUCAAUUGUCUGGUCAUAAGUCUUUUUUGUACUAAGUUUCCCGGUCAUCCUUCUCUCUCUUUUGAGCUCUGGUUUGCCAAGAAAAUUUUGAUCCAACAGUUGCAGCUGCUGCAGGAGCUGAAGAACAGCACAAGAAAUCAAGAAUGACACAAAUGUUGCAAUCACCUGAUACUACCAAUUGGGAAAAUGUCGACAAGGGCAAAAAAGGUGAUAACAUGAACCCACUUAAUCCUCAAGUAGACCCCGUUGCUGUAUUAAGUGACUCCCCCGUUCAUCAAGACGGCAGGAGCAAAACAGGAAGAAUAAAGCGCCCUGCGCCCCUGAAGAUAAAACACGUGCGGAAAUGGAGUCGAGAUGAUGUUGAUUCUCCCUCGCGGGGGACUGAGAAUGGUGGAAGGAGAACUCCCUUUGAGUCACCUCUUCAUCGUAAUGCGGGCGAUAAUACUCCAAGGAGAGCUUCUCGCCAUGGUGACCGAAGUCUUGAUGUUCCACCCCUGCAUCAUGCAAGGAUUGGAGGAGGUGGUGGUAGAGGGGGUAGCGCUGUUUCUUCUCCCACAUGGGAAAGAAAAGGUUCAUGUGAAGGUGGUCGUGCAAUAGCUCCCUCAACACCUUCUAGAUCUCGUCUUAGACCAGUCACAAAAGGUGAUGACACGCCGGAUCACAACCUAGUAAUUCCGAAAUUCGGAGAUUGGGAUGAUACUGAUCCAUCAUCAGCAGAACAGUUUAGCCAAGUAUUUGACAGAGUGCGGGGUGAGAAGCAGAGUGAGGCAGGGAAAGUACCUGUGAUGCCAACUGAAACGCCCGACCCAAACAAUGACAAGCCAUUAAAAAAUGAGAGUUCCAAGGGCUGUUCUUGCUUCCCAUGGCUUGGGAAGUAAGUAGUGACUACUUAGUCUUCAAAUUGUGGAGGAGAAAACACAACUUACUGGAGGCACUUAUACAACAGGUUUCUUGGAAGAUCAAUCAUUUUGUUCUGUAUGCUUUGUCCAAGUUUGAAGUAUAAUUUUCUUUUGUUGCAUUCCAUGAAAGACAUUGGGAAAAGUUGUUCAAGAAGAAACUAAGAGAUUUUGUUUCUUCAUGUCAAACAUUUUGACAGAUAGUCUGGUUUCAUGUAAUUUGUACGGAGUAUUUUAUACGGAGUAAUAUUCCUUAAAAACUCACUCCCAGCUAUAUACAUGAGAUCACAUGGCCUUCCAGUUUUAAUCUAUGAUUCUACGUUCUAAAUUUGGAUUUUGAUUGAUU